AUGGCAGCAGCUGCAGAUGAAUGGCUUUCUAGUGUCGAAGAAAUUCUAGAAAAGGCCAAGCAUGAUGUUGCAGAUGGUGGAAUAAGCAUGCGUGUGCCCGAGGCUAUGGUGAAUACCAAGGUAGAGGCAUACAUUCCUCAACUAGUGUCGUUGGGUCCUUACCACCAUGUAUGGGCCAAAGAUAAACCCCUGGAGCCUUCGAACCAACGCCCAACUCAUCUUUCGCAGUUGGAACUUCAGAAGCUCAAGAAGGCAACUGAGAGAGCGCCUGAGAUCAUCAAGCGCUUGUUCACAAAAAUAUCGGAGGCCCCUAUCAUAUCUGAGUUUGAGCAAAUUUACCACCGGAAGAUAGAGGAGGAGAACAUUCCAGAGUUUGCCUGGAUGAUGACGGUAGAUGCCUUGUUCCUUCACAACUUUCUCUUGGAAAUCAACAGCGACAAUAUCAUGCCUGCAAAGGCAAGCAUAAUGUGUGAUAUUGUGAAGCUGGAAAAUCAGAUCCCUCUCUCCCUUCUCUUACAAGUGGAAACUACUCUGAAGACGAGCGAGCAAGCAGUUCGAACUACUCCGCAGAGGACAACGGCAGGUGAAAAUGCUCCAGAGAGGACAAUUGUAUCUCUCAUCGAAUCUAAAAUAAAGAGUCUGUGUUGCUUCGACGUAUCUGACAAAAAAUUCAAUGCAGAGAAAGAAAAGCAUUUGCUAGACCAUCUACACCAACGUGUCUCCUCUAUCCUCCAAGUUGAGACUCAGGUUGAGAAUGGGAAGCAGACUUGGCGGCAGUGGGUUUUGAGUGGGAUAGAAAACACAGUUGCAGUGGUGUUGGGUGCUUUCAAAAUGCAUCCAGCCCGAAGAGAUCAUCCAGAUUUUCUCCCAAAAUACAACGCAAAGGAACUGGUCAAUGGCGGGAUUAAGUUUAAAGAGUUUAAGGGCCCAGGUAAGAUAAGAUUUUGCAGGAACUCGGACACGCUUUAUCUUCCUCAGAUAACGAUUUCAGACACGUAUACUGAAGUUCUGUUGAGGAAUUUGCUGGCGUUGGAGUUCAAUGACGCAGAUCGAGAGAAACGUGUGAUGUAUUACGUGGAGCUGAUGGAUUGUCUCAUCGACACCCCGGAAGACGUCAGCUUGCUGCGAGAAAGCCACAUCAUUAAUAGGCAGAGCAUGAUGAUCACCGACGAGUACGUGUCCAAGAUGUGGGACGGCAUGUCUAAGCCACUGUAUCUUACAGGCUUUCUGGAUGUUGGUGCGGGGUUGAAGGCUCAAAUCAGGGAGGCACUUAUCAAAAAUUAUUACAAUAGCAAGAUAAGGCGUUGGUGGGACGAACUCCUUACCAACUAUUUGUCAAGUCCAUGGAAAUUCGUGGCGCUACUGAUUGGGUUCUUUGUUCUGGUGUUGACUGUAGUGCAGACAUACUGCACUGUGACAGAAUGUGGGGGAGAGCAUCCUGAAAAGGAGAGGAGCGAAGGCAAGCGUUUCAACCGCUUUGGGUAG